UCCCGCUCAGGGGCUCCCAUCAUACUUGUACUAAAUGCACACAAACCCCACCGUGGCCUUCAGGGCUGUGCUGGAUUCGCAGGGGAGACACCUCCCGGCUCCUCCCCUUCCCUUCUCCUGCUCAGCGCACCCGGCUGGGUGGUGCUGAACUUGCAAAGUCUUUCCUAUUUUGCAGCCUUCCUCCUUGCACUUCCCUUCAUCUGACAGGCCUCUGCAGGGCUGUCUCUCCUGUGCAUCAGUGUCACCUACUACAAGAGCCUUUUCCUGGUUGUUUUAAUUCUGGUGAAGGUGCCCCUGGCCCCCACCUGCCUGUUUUCUGGAGACAGUGUCAUCUUUUGCCAGAUGUUCUGAUCCUGUCUCUAAUGUGAGAUUGCGGGCUUUCUAGAGCUGCCUAAGCCCCAGGCUGCAGGCUGUGACAUGGACGUGAUAGUGGCAUUUACGUUAUGGGCUGUGGGAGGAUUAGGAAAAGUCACAAAAAACUUUGAACACAUUCGACCCUGGGCACUCGAGUGUCCACAUGUAAACCUUUUCGUUUUAGUUCUCAGAAAUGCCUGGUGAAGUGGGAAUGAUUAUGGUAUCGAUGUGGAAACCAAGGCUUAGAAAAAUGAUGUGAUGUCCUCCCCACGGUCACAGCUAGCAAGUGUUGGAUUCAGUCUCUGGGAAUCUGGCUCCAGGACAAGGGACUUUUAGUCACUUUACCUCAGUGGUUUUGGUUACCUUUAAGGACGUGGCUGUGACCUUCACCCAGGAAGAGUGGGGACAGCUGGAACUGGACCAGAGGGCCCUGUACCAGGAGGUGAUGCUGGAGACCUGUGGGCUUCUGGUCUCACUGGGGCACGCAGUCCCCCAAGCAGAGUUGACGCACCUGCUGGAACAUGGGCGGGAGCUGUGGACUGGAAAGGGAGGCCUCUUGUGGAGCACCUGCCCAGGUGACAGCGCCAGACUUCGGACCAGAGACCCAAGCGCUUGUCAGCCGGUUUUGUCUGCGGGAGCCUGGCUCCGGGGAAGCCCGGCCCAGGGACCUUCAAGGGCCUCCAGGUUGGUGCAGGCCAGGGAUUGGGAAGGGCAUCUGGAAACGCAAAAAGGUCGACUGACGCCUGGGAGGGACGCUCACAAGACCCACCUUGAGAGAAUGAACCUUGAAGAUGACGGUUUGGGGACAGAGGACCGUCUGCACCUCCAGGUGUUGCAAAAGAGAGUCUCUCCGGGAGAGGUGCUCUGUGAGCGGGACCCACAGGGACCGGACAGAGGCUGCGGGCUUCGUGCGGGGAGUGACCUCUACAAAUGCAAGCAGUGUGGGAAAGGUUUUAACCGCAAGUGGUACCUCGCACGGCAUCAGCGGGUCCACACCGGCACAAAGCCCUACGAAUGCAACGCGUGCGGCAAAGCCUUCAGCCAGAGCUCGACCCUGAUCCGGCACUACCUCAUCCACACCGGGGAGAAACCAUACACGUGCCUGGAGUGCGGAAAGGCCUUCAAACGCAGGUCCUACCUCCUGCAGCACCGACCGGUCCACACCGGGGAGAAGCCCUACGAGUGCGCCCAGUGUCGGAAGGCCUUCGCCCACCGCUCCACUUUCGUCCGGCACAGCCGCACCCACACGGGAGAGAAGCCCUUCGAGUGCAGGGCCUGCGAGCGGUCGUUCGGCAACCGAGCGCACCUGAUCCAGCACUACGUGGUGCACACGGGGCAGAAGCCGUACGAGUGCGCCGAGUGCGGCAAGGCCUUCCGCUGCGGCGCGGAGCUCCUGCAGCACCGGCGCGUGCACACCGGGGAGAGGCCUUUCGCGUGCGCCCAGUGCGGGAAGGCCUUCCACCGCAGCACCUACCUCCUGCAGCACUCGGUCGUCCACGCCGCGGAGGCGCCCCACCGCUGCCCCCAGUGCGGCAAGGCCUUCAAGCGCCGCUCACACCUGCUGCAGCACCGGCGGGUGCACCCCUGAGGGGGCGCCUCGCGCCCUCCCCCUGCGCCUCUGCCGGCCCUCCAGAGGGGUCCCCGGCGGGAAGCGCCGCUCGCCGUGCAGAACGGCGGGGAGAUUUGCUUGGCCCUCAGACGCGUGAGCGGCCCCCCCACCAUCGGACUCGAGCGGCGAACUGUGGGGGGCAGGGCACUCGGGCCGCCUCCGUCGGGGACGCACCGCGGAAGGAUGUUCCUGGCACAACCUAGGGGCCUCUAGCCAGAAGGGGUGCCUUCCCUGCCGUUGGAGAAUUCAGAACGAACGGGAGACGUCAGUGUCGUUGCUGUGAGAAAACCCAUGACACGUGGGCGCUUACGGUGAGGUGGAGAGUCACGCGGAGCGGACACUGCGGGGGCCCUCCGGUGCCCGUGAAACGGCUGAGGGACAGGACAGGGGGUACUGUGCACUUACAUGGACGUCGGCCACAGGUCUGCCAUUUAGCCACCUCGGCAUUACUUUUAAAAGAAUAAAAAGAAGGGGUGGAAACAUAGACUUCAAAUGGAAGGAACGGAUGUCUUUACAAACUCUUUCACGUUUCCGUGCCGAACCUACUACAGUUUUUCAUCAGUUUUAAUGUUUUGGUGGGGGGUAUAUUUGAGAGGAAGGGUCUUAGCCCACCCCCCCCCUUUUUUUUAAGUUUAUUUGUAUUUAUUUUUAGAGAGAGAGUGAGGGAGGGACGGAGAGAGAGAAUCCCAUGCAGGAUCCAGGUUCCAAGCU